UUAAGGAAGGAAAGGAAAAUGAGAGGCAACAUUUGUGAGUGGCUUUAAAAUAUAUACUAUUUAAUCCCCACAAUAGGCCGACAGCUAGGUAUUUUAUUUAGCUUUGUGAAUAAAAGGCUCUACCCCUAAUUGGUUCCAUGGUGGUGAUAGUGUUGAUGAAGAAAAAAAUCCUAAACUGGAGAUUAAAAAAUAAAAUUUCCCUAGGAAGGAUGUGAUGUGGGUCUGACCCCACAGUCUGCCUCGUUCCUUCACGCCAAGCUGCCUUCCAGCUAGUAACAAAAUACGGCUAAGGGAGGUGAGCUGACAUUAACCGAGUGUAGACUAGAAGUAGCUUGUGGUCAUUUUAAGUCAUUGUCAUUUUACCACAUGAACCAGGUUAGCAACGUUCUUCUGCCCCAGUGCACCUGGGGAAUGCGAUACCUCUGUAGGGACUCACUAACACAGUGGCCAACAAAUAGCAAAUACUGCAUAAAGAACAGAUUUAAGAUAAAAUAGACUACCCAGAAAACAGCCUCCGCCGCACUACGCUGAGUACAUACACACACAUCAAGGUAUAAGCUGAUUGCUUCUUGGGUCCUGAGUAAAAAUUAAGGCCCUUGAUAAAGUGAGAUUAGACAUUGCUGGGCUGGAGUUGAGGAGACAGGGGUGCUCUGCUUUACUGAGGCGAGGUGCCUCUUGGGAACUGUCGCAGGGGGUUUCAGUGCUGCCACCUGGUGGCGCUCGCUCUCCCUGUAAGUCCCAGGGGGAGUUGAGAACAGAAACCGCCUGUGUGAGAAGUUCCAGCUUUGAAACGGCUUAACUCUUGUGUCCAGGGAAAAGCCUGCUGGAGGCGAUGCUUCUGUGAAGCGAAGGAGAAGAGACGGCGCGAGAAUGUCGGCCCUCAACUGGCAGCCGUUCGUGUACGGGGGGCUGGCCUCCAUCACCGCCGAGUGCGGUAAGGAGCCGGCUGCUGGCGUCGCCCUGCCCGCUGCGUUUCGACGUGGUGGCGUUUGAUGUGAUUCAAGUGCGGGAUGCGAGAUUGUACAUUUCCAAUUGAUUUAACCAAGACCCGGCUCCAGAUUCAAGGCCAGACGAACGAUGCCAACUUUAAAGAAAUUAGGUAUCGAGGAAUGUUGCACGCGCUGGUGAGGAUAGGCAGAGAAGAAGGGCUGAGAGCGCUGUAUUCGGGGAUUGCCCCCGCGAUGUUACGCCAGGCGUCCUAUGGCACCAUCAAGAUAGGCACUUACCAGAGCCUGAAGAGAUUAUUCGUUGAACGGCCGGAAGAUGAAACCUUACCCAUAAAUGUCAUAUGUGGAAUUCUCUCUGGAGUCAUAUCCUCAACCAUUGCUAAUCCAACUGAUGUUUUGAAAAUUCGGAUGCAAGCACAAAGCAGCACCAUUCAAGGAGGCAUGAUAGGCAACUUCAUUAACAUUUAUCAGCAGGAGGGAACUAGAGGACUGUGGAAGGGUGUAUCCCUUACUGCUCAGAGGGCUGCUAUUGUUGUUGGCGUGGAGCUGCCGGUCUAUGACUUCACCAAGAAGCAUCUGAUUCUCUCGGGCCUGAUGGGAGACACUGUAUAUACCCACUUUCUCUCAAGCUUCACCUGUGGUCUGGCGGGGGCCCUGGCCUCAAACCCUGUUGAUGUUGUGAGAACACGUAUGAUGAAUCAGAGAGUCCUUCGAGAUGGCAGGUGCUCUGGCUACACAGGAACCCUGGAUUGCUUGUUACAGACAUGGAAGAAUGAAGGGUUUUUUGCUCUAUAUAAAGGGUUUUGGCCAAAUUGGUUGAGACUUGGUCCUUGGAAUAUCAUUUUCUUUGUGACUUAUGAACAGUUGAAGAAAUUGGAUUUGUGACAAGACAAGGCUGCAUGAGACAUCCCUCUGAAAAUGCUAACUUCUGAAACAGUAAAGCUUCCUGUGUUUCACUCUGCUUCUCACUGCUUGGCUCAUCACAGAUUCCAGGGUGUGAGCAACACAUGGAGACUGGGGUAGUUCAGAUUGCUGUGUGUUGGCAUUGGAUGCUCUUCAUCGAACAUUUAAUGGCACACUGUAACAUCCAAACUCUAGCCUUUACCAGUAGGCUAGCCUUUACUAGCCUUUACCACCCUUUGACAUCAAAGAUAAUAUAGGAUAAUAUAUGAAAUGCAUGUUUCUUGCUAAAGAAAACUUGCAAGAAAAUCUGGACAGUAGCCCUGAUCUAUCCCAGCUCGUAGCUGAAGAUAUCAGACUGCUCUAAAGAAGCUCAUCGGAACCAUGGAACGGAGUCUCCAAGAGGGUAUUAUUGUUCCUGAACUUCUGGGAACGUUUGCAUCUUGUCAGUGGAAGAAAUAUCACGAGUAGAAACCUGGACUUUUCAACCCCAGGUGUAAACAGUGCAGGAAAUAGAUCCUUGGAAUAUUGCACUGCUUUGUAAUUUCCUAUUUCAGCAGGAUCUUUCACUUAUAAUAAGUGAUAGUAAGUCUUUGAAGACUUGACCUUUGUGAGGAAUUGUUACACUGUAUCGAUAUAUAAAUUCAUGGUGAUGUUAUGUGUUGGCUUUGAAGAUUAUAAGGUUUGUACUGGUGGGAAGUAUUUUCAAGCAGCUUGUAUUCUGACUUAAGUAAUGUUAGUUAUUAGCUCUGUGCUUUUUGUUCUUUGGGUUUUUUUUUUUUUUUUUGGAUAAGGUUUUGCUCUAUUGACCAGGCUAGUGUGCAAUGGUGUCAUCAUAGCUCACUGCAACCUCAAAUUCCUGGGGUCAAGCAAUCCUCCUGCCUCAGCCUCCUGAG